UCAAUCAAUGAUCUUCAUAAUCUUAGUACAUUCGCUCUGCAUCGCGGCUGGUUGCUCGUCUUUGUCUUGUAUAUGGCAAUAAUGUUGCAUCCGGCAGGUCGAUAUCAAGUCCGGUGAAUCAAUAUUCGAUGCUCUUGAUCACCACAAAUUUUUCCCAGUUUCAAACUGAUCAGCACUUAACAACAAUGUUUUUGUUGCUGUACAUUUUAUUGUUUGGAUACAAUGCAGCAAAUGCUGUAGCCCUUCAAUGUAAGGAUGAGAAGAAUCAACCCGUAGAUUGAAGUUUCAGAAAAGUGGACUGGCUAUAUAUAGCCGUAUAAAAUAUAUCAAUACAUAUAAAAUGUUAGUGUAGUGCCUAAAAUGCUCAGUUGACGAGUUAAGGCCAUAUAAAGAUUAAAAAAGAAUUUUUAUGUUAUAAUAAUAAGUACUGGUUUAUGGAUACGAAUGAAUGCAGACUACAUCAGUACAAAUUGAAAUGUUCCCAAAAACAUAAUAUCUAAAACAUUCUAUUGUUGUUCUAUGAAAUGUAUGACAUGCAUUUAUUAGAUUAUUAAACAUGAAACGUGCGAUUUCGAAUUAAAAAUUCGGUUCAUUAUAUCAUAUAUCUCAAACAGAAAGCAGUAUAAUUAAUUAAAGUAUGUACAUAAACUAUGAGAGGCAAGCGUGGCAUGGUAGAUAACGCACCGGUCUACCAUGCUAUAGAGGUCCCGGUUCGAUUUCCGACAGAACCAGAGAAAAUUUUUCAUACGCUCGUAGCUCCUCUUCGGUGCCUGGCAAACCACCAAAGAGUAUUUAUGCCAGGAAAACCUUUCUCCAAAAAUUUGCCGUUCAGAACCCCAGCGUUUAAACUGUAGGUGUGCCGUAUUUGUAUAACUGCGUGCGCACCACAUACAUACGUGAGAAAGAGAGAGAGUGCUUGUUUAUGCAGUAGCAUGAAGAAUGACAAUGAAAUCACAUGCAGUGAAAGGCGUUUUCCACAGCUUGUUGAGAAUUGAACGGUUUUCCUUGAAAGAAGAAGUGAUUCAAUGCCUAGAAGAAACGAAUGGUAGUUAGUGCAAGAGGAGUGAAAGGAUGCUCGUUUCCUCUGUAUAAUUUUUAUACGCCCUCGUCCCAAGGGUAUGUACUCUAUAAAUUACCGAAAAUGCCUGAAAGCAGCAAUCCUGUAAUUAGAUAUGGAUUAUCUUAUCUAUAUAUGACUAGCAACACCGUUGAUAAAGGUUGGCAGUUAUCUUUAAAAAAAAUUAGUGCAAAGAAUUCUAUUCCAGGAAAUACAUUAGCACCUUUGUAUAACGAAUCUAAAGCAGCGAAUAUUUUCUGGACAUUAUAUAAUGACCAUCCGCCUGAUAGACCAAUCAAUACAAAAUACGGCCACGCGAAGGGCGUCAUAGUAGCGAACAAGCGGUUGGGUUUUUGGCUAAUACAUAGUGUCCCAAAUUAUCCGCCUACACCCAACUGUGGAGAAAAUACAAUAAAAGAAAAAGUGGACGAGGAUUCGGCUUCUACUCCGGGAAAUAGAUCCGAGUAUGAUUAUCCAUCAUCCGGUAAGAAUUACGGACAGAGUUUUCUGUGCAUCUCCAUGGACUCCGAUCAAUUUGAUCUGAUUGGUGAACAGCUAAUAUACAAUCAAGUAACAGUGUUCAAAAAAAAUAUUCCCGACGAAUACGACAGAUUAUUUCCGACACUCGCAGACGCUGCCAGACAGAAAAGGAUCAAACAUCCACCCUUCGCUAAUCAAGUACUAUUAAGAUCAUCUGGUUCCGUACAAUUCUGGUCGUUCGCUAAAAGCGAUAAAUGGCAAAAAGAGUUGUACGAUGAUUUUGUUGCGCCAACUUUAAACUCUGAUUUAUUCACCGAAACAUGGUUAAACGGUCGAGGUAGACUGCCAUCGGACUGCGCAGGUACAAAAGUGUACAACAUUUUAUCCAUCAGUUUGAGUGAAUUUCACAUCGGUUUCAAAAGUAGCCAUGAUCACUCUAAAUGGGCAGUAGCUGUCGAGAAUAAAACUAAUCAGACUUGGACUUGCAUCGGCGAUAUCAACCGCGCGGACACCCAGUACAUACGAGGUGGGGGAACUGUCUGUUUCAAUGUGUGGAACGUCUGGGAGAAUUACCGGAGUGUCGUAAAUGACACGGAGCCGUGUCCCAAGUGAUACAACACGUUAUAAUUUAAUUUAGCAAGCUCAUCCAACGUUUCAAUAUCUAUUGGAAAUUUACUUAUAUCUCUAUACAGUGACAACUAUUAUUUUAUUGCAAUGAUUAUUAUUCCGUUACUCUGUCCAUAUAUGUAUGUUGUAUAAUUAAUGAAUAUAUUAUUGUGCAAUAUUUUGUCUUCU